CCGGGUGAGUAAACCAACGAUCUGUUCAUCCACACUGAUAGAACCUCUAUAAUUAUGUUUCCCAUUGUUGCGUUGGUCAGUGGUGAGUAACUGCGUGUACUAGUAUACUACGAAACACACAGGAAACUUCGUCCUACAUUUCCAUCGCUUCCGUACAUCGCACUACUCCUACUGUCGUUGACCUGGCGAAUAUUGUAUGCAGUAGAGGUUGUGCAACAAGCCCUGACGUUGGAAUGCGCCUACUUGUAUUUGACUCGGGAUUAAACAGCCUUCCACCGACUAUGUUUCAUUGUUUGAAGGAUUAAAUAUCAGACAAGAAGAUGUUCUUGAAAAUGGACUUAGUGGUCCUUUGACCAUGAACAAAACAAUGUGUUUCGCGGAGAAUAAUUGAACGCAAUCGUUGCGUUGAGGGAAAAUCCGUACGAAUGAAUUACACACACCAAAGAACUCGCCAACGAUCGGGCACAGAUAGCACUCGCAUUGGCAUGAAGCCCAUUCGCAUUGGAGCCUAUAUCUCGUCAAUGUUUACAUUUUUAUGUGUUUUGAGAUAUUGGACUGAAAAUCUGACAUACUGUAACAGUCUUAAGUAUUCUUUGAGCAAAUGGCCACCCCGCAUGAAGUCGACGAAUUUCACGAUUCACAACAGUGGUGCCCUCUCUGUUCUGAACGCAUAACAGACCCUAAAAUAUUACAAUGUUUGCACAGUUUUUGUCGACCAUGUUUGGAGAAACGUGUCGCUGAGCCCGAUCGUGUGAAGUGCCCCGUUUGUAUGCAUGAAACAUCACUAGGUGACAUGGGACUAGAUGGCCUGACCUCAAGCAUUCUCAUCAAUAACAUCCUUGAUGUUGUCAGUAGCCAUGAUGAUGAAAUGGAUCAACGUUUAUUCCCCCACAGUCACCAUCAGAGGCGACAGUGUAAAUCAUGCGAGGAAGGGCAGAUUGCCACACGCCUUUGCAAAGAUUGCAAUGAAGUCCUCUGUGAAAGCUGUGUCCUGGCUCAUCAAAGGGUUCGUCUUACCAAGGAUCACACAAUUAUCUACCUGGAAGGCAUCAAUGGAAGUCGCCAUGCACCUAAACUCCCUUUGCUCUUUCACCACUACCAGCAGCAGCAUCAGUAUCACCCGCCAAAGAUGCAGCCUGUUUCUGAUAGACCGCCUAGCUAUUGUAGCACUCACAAGGAGAUGUUGCGGCUUUACUGCGACACCUGUUACAAAGCCAUCUGUAGAGAAUGCACCAUGGUGGAGCAUAAUGGUCAUGAUGUAGUUUACCUGCAAGAUGCUGUCCAGGAUAGCAAAGCAUUGACUGUCAAGAUGCUGAAUGAUGCCAAAGCCAACUCAAGAGCUCUUCAAGAAAGUUUGGCACACACGCAAGCCAUGGCAGAGAAGGUAGAGCAUAAGUGCCAGUCAGUAGCUUCAGAGGUUCGUGCUAACAUCCGCAGGCACAAAAUGGGAUUGGAAGAAAGAGAGAGGGAGCUUUUACGCAAAGUUGAAGUAAUCCGUCAAGUGAAAUGCAAAUCACUUCAUUCCCAGGCUGAUGAUAUUCAACAAGCUAUGGAGAGUUUGAAUGAGUGUAUGGAAUCUGUGCAGAAAGCUCUUGAGUCAGGCACCGAUGUUGAUGUUCUAAAAACCAAAGAAAAGAUCAUGUCUGAGAUGAGAACACUGAAAAGUUUGCGAGGAUACCUUCAACCACAGGAGGAAGAUGGCAUCUUCUUCACACCUCCUGAUGGUGUUUUACAUACUGCCAUCUUAUCCAUGGGAUACAUUAGUAGCAGUGCUUAUCCUCCUAACUGCUAUGCGACAGGUGAUGGAUUAAAACGGGCUCUGGUUGGCAAGAUAUCCUCCUUCAUGGUUCAUUCAAAAGAUCACAAUAAUGAACCAAGAUGUGUUGGUGGAGAGAUUUUAGAGGUUACUGUCCGUGGUCCUGAUGGCAUUCUUUAUCCAGCGGAGGUCAUCGACCAGCAGAAUGGCACUUAUCUAGCAAGCUACAGACCAAUGCUUGAAGGUCAGCAUUACUUGUCAGUCACAAUUAAGGGCAAGAAUAUCAUGGAUAGCCCAUUUGUUGUCACUGCUCGCAAUGCACGUAAAUUCACCACCAUCGGUCCAGCCCUCAUGUCUUUUGGUAGUGAAGGGGAAGGCGAUGGUCAGCUCUGUCGUCCCUGGGGAAUUGCAGUUGAUGCCGAGGGAAGAAUUAUUGUUGCAGACAGAAGUAACAACCGUAUCCAGAUCUUCAAUGUAGAUGGCUCCUUCAGUCACAAGUUUGGCUCUCCUGGAACCCGCAAUGGGCAAUUUGAUCGGCCAGCAGGAGUUGCUGUCAGUGGUGAAGGCAACAUCAUAAUUGCUGAUAAGGAUAACCAUCGGUGCCAGGUCUUCACUAUAUCAGGCCAAUUUCUCUUCAAGUUUGGUGAGAAAGGUAGUAAGAAUGGCCAGUUCAACUACCCUUGGGAUGUAGCAGUCAACAGUGAGGGUAAAAUCUUGGUAUCUGAUACCAGGAACCAUAGGAUCCAGCAGUUUAACCCAGAUGGUACUUUCAUCAACAAGUUUGGGUUUGAAGGUGCUCUGUGGAAGCACUUUGAUUCACCCAGAGGUGUAUCCUACAACAAUGAAGGGCACAUUGUUACAACAGAUUUCAACAAUCAUCGUCUUGUGGUCAUCCAUUCAGACUUCCAGUCAGCCCAGUACCUUGGAUCUGAGGGAACCAACAAUGGGCAGUUCUUACGACCUCAAGGAGUGGCUGUUGACCAGGAAGGUUACAUCAUUGUGGCAGAUUCACGAAAUCACCGCAUCCAAGUAUUCCAUCCAAAUGGUAGUUUUCUGUGUAAGUUUGGUAUGCCAGGCACAGGAUCUGGUCAGUUAGAUCGCCCAUCUGGUAUCUGCGUGUCUCCAGAUGGUGUGAUAUUAGUGGUAGAUUUCGGCAACAACCGAGUGCAAGCAUUCUGAAGAAUAUUACGGGUAAAUAAAGGUUGGCCUUUUGUGUUACAGGAGCAGGAAUAUUUUAUGGGAGGAUGAUUCUGAGCCACUGAUAUAUCCCCACAUUCAUUUGCAUAUACCUGUAGCACUCUAAAAAAAUGUUGUGUUCUAUGUGUAUAUUAAGUGCUCAAAGCAAAAUAUGUAAAACAUUUCUGUCAUUGAGACUUCCAAGCUGGCUAGCUUUUAAUGACAAAUCUAUGCGGGUACUCAAAGAUGAAUAAAUUGUUAUUUUUCUGCUGUGUUUUCUGCCCUUUCAACAAUCUAAUUGUAAAGGUGUUGUGGUUUUAUGCAAGUGAUUGUCGGGGAAUACCAGUCAGAUAUAUAUACUUGUACAUGAUUUUAACCUAUAACAAUAAGGAGAAAUCUUAAAUCCAAAAAGAAACGGUUGGUAAAUUCAAUAUUUUAAGAGCAUUGUUAAACAGUUUGGGGGAAAAAGCAGUUACGGUAGGCCGUGAUAAUCAUUGCAUUUCCUUGAUAUCAGCAAAGAUCUAAUGACCACAUGAUUUUCUGUAAUCAAGUGUCUAGAAGGUCACUUGCAGUACAUGUACUUUUCUAAAAAUAAAGUGUUAUUUUGGAUAAGCAUCAAUAUGCAUAAUUACAAUGCCCAAUUUAGGGAUAUUCUAAUAUACAAUGCGUUUUGCUGAAUCAACUGUUUGGGCCCCAGUACAGUAGCUGCAUAACAAUGUACUUAAUUUUUGUUUUCAAAGGCAAGAUAAAGUCUGAAUUCAUGCUACCCAUCAAUAACAAUGAUCAAAAGAUGAAACUAGUAGUUAGAUAUAUUGGAGACUAUGAUGGCUGCGCUCAGUAUCUACCUCAUUGUUAAAAUGGUGUGCUCUACCUCAUAGUCAGGGAAGAGGUUCUGCAUCCACAGCUCAGGUUGAUCCAAGAAGUGAUUGUAAAUUGCUUUUAAAACUUGCAUGUGUAGUAAAAUGUUUUGAUAACUAUAAGAUAUAAAUGUGUAUGAUAUUUUGCAGCUGCCAAUAUUACUUGAAUUAUUUCAACAGGCUCCAAGUGCGAAGCAUUUUGUUGCCAAAGCUUGAAUCUAAACAAAAAAAAUGUACAUUGAUGCAAGACUUGUUCAAAUGUUUUAUCAAAAGAUAAGUUUGUAUUUAAGAUAUAUGUUUUUUUUUUCAUUUGUUACGUUGUUUAUUAGAAUAGUUAUAUUGUGUAUUGGGUAGAUGUUUUGUGAUGUUAAUCAUUUAUUACCAAACAAGUGUUAGAAUAUCCGUGUGUAUAUAUGACAGCAUACAUCAUUCUCAUAGCCGCUGAGGAAGGUGGAAUUGUCUUUUCCAUGUACUGUAUCACAUUUAAUUGUUUGGCAAUAGGGAAGAUGUACUUGAAAAACAAUGCAUCAAAAAUGUUCGGGCAUUAUUAGUGAGUAGCGAGACAACCUAAAUGUGGACGAAAUGUUAUGAAUUAUCCUGUAAAAAGCUGCCAAAUUCAGUUUAUUUAUCAUUAUGGUUCUCGAUGGCCUUUUUUUUCCAAGCAUUAUAUUUCAGGUUAUUAUGCUCAGGGAACGCCUUCUUAUUUCAGGGCCUGUUUUGUGAAGAACAUAUGGUCACUGUAAGUUUGCCAUUAUGGUAAUAUUCAUAGAAAUCCCAAUUUUGAUUGGCUGAUGAGCUGUUAGUAACUAUAGUAAUUGAAACUGUGGCAGGGUUACUAAGUUCUUUAUGAAAUAGGUCCCAGGUGUACUCUGCCUCAACAUUUAGUCAAGGAUAUCAAAAUGAUGUCAACUACAACAACAGACUGUAUACAUUCUAAAGCAUUGUUCAGAUAAUGCACAGCAAAGCUUGGAAACAUCUUUUAUAGUAUUCAGACAUGGUACUUGUCGGGGCUGAGUUAUAUGUAUCCCUUAUAAAGUUAAUUAUUGACCAGUUCUCCAUUUUCACAGCCAGGAAUUUAAAAAUAAUCUUGUUUUUACCGUCCAUGCGCCAUUAUUUUUAAUGAGCCACGCUUACAUGUACAUUGAUUCUGUAUACAAAUUGUAGCUGAGCUUUGUUGGUUUGACCUGUAGCACUAAGUUGGGCAAACUAUGAAUACCUUUUUCCCAUCAAUUUCUACCAUUAUUGCCAAAGUAUGUAAUUUUCUGAAUAGCUGUUCAAGGUUAGCUGGAACAAAUUCUGUGAUAUUUACCCACAACUAAGAACUUUCUCAUAUUUUUCUACACAAUCAUUGUCAAUAAUUGUAGGCAUUAAAACACUUUUAAAAAGCCCUACCACUGAUUGGUUGUAACAUUGCAGUUACUUGAUAUGAAUUGAAUGGUGUAAGUUGCAGCAUACUGCACUCUGGAGAACACACACAAAAUGCAAAUCUUCACAAUAUUCUGAUAAUUCAGUUUUUGAUAUUGUUGCCGAGUCACAGGUCGUAAGUUAUACUUACAAUGUCAGAAACUAAUAAGCAGGCUUAGAUCACUAACCAAUAAAAUCAAAUGUUUAGAAAGAUUGAAUGAAGAUUGGGUGAUUUGAUAAGUCUGCAUAAAAUGUACAGCUUUCAAAAAUUUAUAUUGGCCGUCAGUAAAUAACCCCUGGGUCUUUUUCAUAAAGACUUACAAUUAUUGUGACUACGAUUGAAACCUAAAUUUGGAUUCACUGCUGAGCCCUGUGAGGCUGUUACCAUCGAAGUUAACAUUAUCAAAAGUCCUUUUAUUAUUUGGGCCUCAGAUGUGAAAGAUCAUUUUCAAAAUUUGUUAUAUGUAGUAAUAAAUUUAUGGGUACAUCAAUAGAAAAAAAUGUCGGAGGUUGUUUGCUUCUGACAGAAAAAAAAGCAAAGCAUUAAAAAACAUUCACUUUAAUUCUGCCUGCUAAACUUGGUAUACAUGUAGGAGUCAAUGGUGGAAUGGAAUAUGAAAUAAUCUAUUAAGAAUUAAUAACUUUUAUUUCAAUCAUUGAUUCUAACAUUUCCUCAUAAAUUUCUAACAAUAUGGUAAAAGACCACACAAAAGCAAGCAUAGCAAAUACAUUUUGGUAAUUCCAUUUAUACCUCAAUAUAAUGUAUGAAGGAAGGGUAUUCAAUACUUAUAUUUAUUGUUGUAACUAUUUUCAACAUGUUAAAGUUAAUAUUGCAAUAGAAGAAUAUCCAUUGACCAUGAACAAGAGUUGUCCUGGGAUAAAAAUGCUGCAUAUUUCCAGUGGAAUGCUGUCUGAAUUCUUCUAUACAUAACUAGAAAGUCAAUUCAAGAAAUAUUAUGAAACAUUGUCAUCAAUGAUAUACGUCAGUUUUUACCUCAAACAGUUUGUAAGAAAUGUGUUGGUUAUACAUUAUAUUGUCUUGUUGAUCACAGUGUUUGAAUAGUGCUGCACCUGUAAAUGUAUGUGAACAAUUGUGAUAUAGAUAUAGAUUAAUAGAAUAAUACAAUUCUGCACUCCUCAUUAUCAACUAUACAUGAAUGUAAGAAAUGUUUGAAAUUGCAAUUGUUGUGCUACCUCUGAAGAGACAGCUUUUUAAAAAGAAUGUCAUUAUAUUGUAAUGUUUAAUUGUAUUGUGAUAAAAAUUUGAAUUUCUAAGAAAUAUUAAUUUUGAAAUGUAUGAAAAUAAAAUCUAGUUGAACUGGGGUACCUAGUAAAAACCAGUCUCAUAGACUAUCAUAUACCUCAGCCAAAUCAAGGAAGGAGACUUAUAUCUCAGGCUAAUUAGUUAGAAAUGGAAAUGAAAUAAGAUUGAAGCUAAGCUUACAUGGUGUUGUGUGCUAGAUCACAGUCUAAGACUGAAGCUUGCAUUUAUAAUAGUUAGCAUAUGUGUCUUGCAUGGAUUUCUGCUUUUAUUGCUCAAAGCAAAAUAACCCUGCUAGAAAAAGUGUAUUUAAGUAUCCCAAAUGUCAAACAUGAUUUGCUUAUAUAUCCCAAAGACCCAAACUGCGCUUGUCUUCGUGCUUGCUACAUGUAUUAGCUUUGUGACGUAUCAACUUCUUUGAGUAAAGCUCAUUUCUGGUGAAAAAAUGCUGUGAUUGUGAUAAAAAAUGUACAUGUAAAUGGAGCUGUAUAUAAAGAAAUGCUGCAAGACUAUAUGUUGGUGCCAUAUUUGUUGUAUAAUAGAUAAGUGUAGAACUUUGUCAAACCCAAGUCAUUUAUAAGUAGGCUCAAGGGAUCAGGUGCCUGUUUUCUUUUUUCUCCAUGAUGUUCAUGUACCAAUACCUCCGUUUAAAUUUGGAAUGAAGCGCUGAGAAAGCUUGCCUGGAAAAAAAUGUUACCAAGAGUUUUACUUUUACUACACCCUGUAUACAUGUACAGUAAUAUACAUAGUUACAUACAUGUACAUGUAUAAAACUUUUUCACAAGUAUGCAAUGUUCUUGUUUCAUAAAGCUUGUCAAUAGCAAAUGCUGAAUUUCAAUUACAUUUUAUAAUCAUGUGAGUAAGCAAUCAAAUAUCACUCAUUCAAUUAUUGUAAAUUCUGAAAUGGCACCUUGCUCUCAAAUCUGCCAAUUACUGAAUUCAUUUUUUGGAAUUAUCUCUACAGUGUAUGAGACCAUGAUCAAGUCAUGCCAUGUGUGUACAGGGAGAAUAUCAGAAGAUUAAUUGCUUCUUCACAUCAUGUAAGCUUGUAUAAGAUCAGUAAUGUUUUGUGAACAAAAAUGCGAGUAGAGUAUACAGUAUGACUUUCAAGGGAACUUGAUAGAUUUAACAAUUAAAGACACAUCCUGUCAUAUAUUGUUUGCCUUAAAUACUACUUACAUGUAAUACCUUUUUUGGAUAAUAAUCAUUACAACAUGAAGUGGAGGGUACAAGUACUGGUACAGGUAUAUCAUGUAAGGUAGGAUACUCUUGUUUGAGAUUUUACAGGGACAUUCAAUCUGCACAUUCAAGUCAUUUUUAUUUGAUCUCCCUAAUUAAGAAAUUACAUGUAUAAUCAGGGGUUCCGUUACAUUUGCUUCAGCGACAAUUGCUCCGAUGGAAAAUCUGCACAUUAAGCGGAACAUAAAAGCUAACCUUCAAAACUAAAUAAACCCUAAACAUAAAUCUUUACAUUAAUAUUCUGAACCAAAAACUCUAUUACAAUCCUAACUCUAAUCAUAUUCCUUCUGAGAUAUUAAGACCUGAGCAAUUGUCGCAGGAGCAAAUGUCGUGUCAUCAUAAUCAGGACCUGCUGAGAAACUUGUUUUAUAUAAUUAAAUGCAAAUAUAUUUGAAUUA